AUGGCGACCAACGGCGAGUACAGAGGCCCAAGAGUGGAGGCCGAGAAAGGACCAGUCGCACGGAAUGGAACAGCUACUCAGGAGGAACCGAAGCCUGAUGGGCCAGCAGGAGGCUUCGACAACACGCCCAUACCAUCGCCACCGGCCGGUACCGUAGGAUACACAUUGAGGAUCACGAUUCACCAGGCGACCAACCUGACCAUGGGCGACUUACACGCCUUCUCGUCCGACCCAUACGUCCUCGCGCAGCUGAAUACUAACCUUCCGACGCGACACAAGGAGGAUCCGAACCUACGCUACAGAAGCCGGACUGUCCACAAGACCACCGAUCCGGAGUGGAACGCAGAGUGGGUGGUCGCCAAUAUCCCAUCAUCUGGGUUCAAGAUGAAGCUACGGGUCUACGAUGAGGAUUGUGCCGAUCAUGAUGACUUGCUUGGCAAAGUACACUUCACAGUGUCCAGUAUUGACGAUGACUGGACGGGAUUGAAAAACACGGCCUACCAGCUGAAGCUUCGAAACAGCAGCAAGCGCGCGCUGCUGUUCAGGGGUGCAGCGCGUGCGUUGCAGGUCGUUAAGAACAUCCACGGCUCGCUCCACAUCAGUAUCAAAAACCUCGGACGCACCGAAGAGGACGGCCAGAACGGUCGCCCAUACACCGUCGCUCCAUGCCGGUGGGUGCGGCACUAUAGUCCGAUCCUUGGCCGCAUGUUGAAUAUCAAGGAGCCGGAGAAGGACGACGAUCAAGCUCCACAGACAAAUGGCAACGGCAAACCCCAGAAGAAAGUCGAACGCUACAACUUCCAAGCCAACCAAAUGCAACUGCCCGGCCCCGUGCCACCACAACUCUACCACCGCUUCGUCGAGUUCAAGCCAUGGGUCAAACGUAUGUUCACCACCAGAGGCGUGCAAGGCGUUGUGCUAGGUAAAGCGCUACACCACCAGCAUGUCCGCGUCUACAAUUUCGACAAGUCCACGGUAUACGGCCUCUUCGACUCAGCACCGUCAACAGACAUGACGAAGAAGUUUCUGGAGCUCGUCCAUUACGACAAAGGCGGACGGAUCUUCACCUACGUCCUCACGCUGGACGCACUGUUUCGCUUCACAGAAACGGGAAAGGAAUUCGGCAUCGACAUGCUGAGCAAACACACCAUGCACAGCGACGUGUCGAUCUACAUAGCCUUCUCCGGCGAAUUCUUCAUCCGCCGCUUGAAGCGUCGCAAUCGGCCAAAAGUCAACGGCGCCAACAGCAACCAAAGCCUCCCCACCCCGCCAUCCGACAGCGAAACCCACCCGCCAUCCAACAUCGACGACGGCCCACCCACCUCCGACCCGCCCACGGAUCCCAGCAGGUACGAACUAGUAAUCGAUAACGACAGCGGCACUUACCGCCCCUCCGCCGCUCUCCUCCCCACCCUGCGCAGCUACCUCGAAGCCUGCCUCCCAGGCCUAAAAAUCGUAACCCUCGACUCCCAAGCCGACGCCGAGCGCAUGGGCAAAAUGAAGAACGAACAGCGCGAGCGCAAAAAGGCCGAGGGGGACAAUAUCGUCUAUGCGCAAGUCUCGGAUUCGGAUUCCUCAUCUUCACUAUCUUCCAGCGACGACGAGCGGUUGGAUGACGUGCAGGAGGCGUAUCGGAGUGAGCAGAGGAUGGCGGGGAGGAGGAAGAAGGGGAAGGGGAAGGGCAGCGAUAGGGCUGUGGAGGGAGGAGGGGACGGGUGGGUGGCGACCGUGGCGAGGGAUGUGAAGCAGGAGCAGGAGGCGAGGGUGGAGAAGUUGGUGAGGAAUGCGAGGGGGAGGGAGAAGGGGGGGGCGGGGGGUUGGGGUGGGCCGAAGGCUGAUGCGGGGCAUUAG